ACGAUUUAUAAAUGCAUCGAGAGAGAGAAAAAAGAAAAGGCAAUAGAGGCAGCAGAGCGCGUGCGCUCAGUCGGCCAUUUUAUCACACUAGGAACAACUAGAAACGCAUGCAAUGAUCGUCCGUUCACGCUGCAAGUCCAAGAACGUUUCGGAUGAAAAUGCCCGUCCUCAUCCACCGCGAUCGCUGUCCGAUCCUCGUCCACCGCCCCGUUGUGGAAAAAGAGAAAGACGGACUGUCUCGUGAACGCUCGUACGACGACGACGACAACGACGACCACGACGACGACGGAAACGACAACGACGAGGUGGCCACGGGUGCCUCGUGGAAAAGCGUGCCUGGAGAAAACAUGGAGUGUCCGCACCUUGGUCAGAGCGUGCGAUUUGGCGAUGACAACGUAGAUGGAUCGGGCUAUGCUGUGAAGGAUCUGCCGUUCGUCUGCGCAGUGUGCGGCACCGAGAAGAGUCCCUGGCUCUGUCUGCACUGCGGAUCCGUGCACUGCGGACGAUACGUGGCAGGCCACGCGUUGCAGCACUACGAGACUAAUACUCAGCACUGCGUGUGCAUAGACUGUGAGAGCUUGGCAGUAUUCUGUUACACUUGCGACGAAUACGUGGUGAACGACACCACGAAUGGCCAGAUCGAGAAGAUACGACGCGUCACCUUUCGUAAGGACGAGCACAAGGAGAACGAUGAAAGUUGGAGCACGUCACCGCCCACGACACCGCCAUCUUCGAGAACGCGGGACGACGGCGGCGAUGAUCACGACAACGAUCCGGACGCCUUGUGGAAGGCAGAGGUGGUCGUGAGGAAUUUACGACCGAGGACGGCGCGCAAGAGGUUACACUCGCUGGACGCCAGCAGCGCGGAUAAUCGGCCGGCCAAGCGUCGCAGCUCCAAAAGUACCAAAGAGAAAAAGGUUGUCGGUCUGAGAAAUCUCGGUAACACCUGCUUCAUGAACGUGGUGCUGCAAUCCUUCAACAACAUCAGCCACUUCUGCGAGUAUCUCACGCAGAUGCCGUGUCUCGAGGGUAUCGCCUUUGACGAAUCUACGGGGCCGCCUACGCACCGCGGCCGCAUCGUAACGCCGGGUCGCGCGAAAGAGAUGUCCAUGAGCGACGCUCUCCUCGCCGAGGAACUACGAAAGGUGCUACUCGGUCUAAGCUUGGGCGGUUCCAAUGGCCAGGCAAUAUCGCCCGAGUGCCUGUUUUUGGCCAUUUGGAAGGUCGUGCCGAGAUUUCGGGGCUACCAGCAGCAGGACGCCCAUGAAUUUCUCACCUACAUGCUCGACCGACUGCACACCGAGCUGCUACAGCUGCUGCCCAGGCUGGGACACGAACCUCUAGGAUUGCGCGGCAAACAGAGUAUUGUCACUGCCGUGUUUGGAGGCACUCUUCUUAGCGUGGUCCACUGUAUGAACUGUCGUACGGACUCGAAGACGCACGAGCCUUUCCAAGACCUCUCGCUGGACAUACCGGACCGACUGCAGAGAAGCAGGACGAAGGAGCAGGAGGAAGUGUGCAGUUUGACUUACAGUCUGACGAGAUUCUUUAAGGUUGAAGAGCUGGCCGACAGCGAGCUCUACUUCUGCGACAACUGCAUGGGCAAACAGAGGUCUACCAAGAGGUUUUGGAUACACAGGCUGCCUAACGUGUUGUGCCUUCACAUUAAAAGAUUUAGGUGGUGCAAUUCCUAUCGCUCGAAGGUGGACACGCAGGUGGAUUUCCCGAUGGAAUCUCUCGACAUGUCAGCGUUCACCGUGCGCGGCGUGACCGGGACGAGAUUGGGCGCUCAGAAUAGUCAUCUUUACGACUUGGCUGCCGUUAUCGUGCAUCAUGGUUCUGGUGCCGGUACUGGACAUUACACUGCCUUUGCCGUGCAUGACGGCCAGUGGUUCCAUUUUAAUGACAGCUCGGUGCGGCCCGCAACUACCGACGCUGUUGCUAAAUGUAAGCCUUACAUUCUGUUCUACGUGCGGAGGGAAUUUUCCAUUCCACCCCCCUUGUGACGUCGUUUCCCCGACAAGAAGCCCCGUCCCGGCAGCACGAGCCUAGAUGACGACGAAGACGACGAUGAUCAGAACGACGUGGAACGCAUGAAAAAGAACUGAACGAACGUUCCUUGUAAAUCUCGAAGCGAGCAAACGAAGCAGAAAAAGCAAGAGAUUGCUGGAUCGCGUCUCGAGCGCUUCGAGAUCGGAAGACGAAGAUUCGUCCGCUUAUCGCAUAUACUAUAUCCAUGAUUGCUCAUUGUUGCCAAAUCGUACAAUCUCGUUAGAAACGUAAUUCGCCCGUGUUCGCUAUCGCGCCUCGAUAAGCCACUACGACGACCUUUGAGACGCAAUGGGGAUAACCGGACACAGACAUAAUUCCGCCGCCACGUUAAUCGCUCGAGCGCGUCCCUCCUCGUGCUUUAUCAGAUGAUUAAAACUGUAUAGCUCUUAAAUUAGCUCGAUGUCCGUCGAAGAAAGGUCGACCGGUACAGCGUACAAGCUGAUACAUACGUAUCGUAUCAGAUAUCUCGCCACUGAUUAUUUUCACGAUCUUUCUUAUCAUGUCUUUUACUCCCGUUGGAGACACUAAUUUUUCCAUCGUGAGAAAACAAAGCUAUUUUCUUUUGUUCGAACCAUCUCAUUUUUACCUAGCUGUAGCUCAGUUAUUAUUUCACCAA